GACGGGAACAAAUAAGCCAACACAACACAACUAUAAAUUCUCCUUUCGGCGGAAGGGCGGAGCAGCGACCAACUUCGCCUUCCACAAAUUUUACUAAGAGGGGGCUUCUAUUCUACGCCGAUUCUGCUCCUCUUCCGCUUCUUCCUCCCGUUUCUACUUUUCCCCUUCUGCGUUUUAUCGACGAUGGGAAGAGGAAAGUACAAGAGCAAGCCCACCGGUCGGCGCCAAUUCUCUACCCCUGAAGACAUGCUUGCUGGAACCUCCACACGUCCACGAACAUUUAAACAGGUAGAAGCUGAGCACAAGGAGGAGGAAGAAUCUGAGGAAGGAUCUGAACAAGAAUCUGGGGAUGAAUCUGAUGAUCAGGGAGAUAAGCCUAGGAGGAAAGGCACUCAAGGUAUUAUUGAGAUCGAAAAUCCUAACUUGGUGAAGCCAAAAACCUUGAAAGCUAGAGACAUUGAUAUUGGGAAAACAACUGAACUUUCAAGGCGUGAAAGGGAAGAGAUUGAGAAACAAAAGGCUCAUGAGCGAUUCAUGAGGCUUCAAGAACAAGGGAAGACUGAACAAGCUAGGAAAGAUUUAGAACGUUUGACUCUUAUUCGUCAACAAAGGGCAGAAGCUGCUAAAAAAAGGGAAGAAGAAAAAGCUGCCAAGGAACAGAAGAAAGCAGAAGCUCGCAAGUGAGCUCCAAGGACCCUCCGAGCUCCUUUCACUGAGACAAACAAUAUGUAAUCUCUACAAUUUAACUUUCCUAGUAUGCCUAGACAAAUAUUGUCAUUCUACGUCUGUGACCGUGCAACCAAGUAAUAUUCUCUUUGGCACAGAAGUGACCAUAGUAUGAUGCUGUUUACAUUUAUAAUUAAUGCAAGUAUACUUCUGAUAUCUUCUUCAACAUAAGAGGUUCCA